AUGCCCGAGGAUAGCACGCCUCACACACGCCGCAAGCGUGGGCUCUCGUUGCGCUCGCAGCUCCUCAACAAGGCUGUGGCGGCAUCCAUCAACCCGUUCUGGGAUUCGAGGCGACUGUCCCAGAUCGAGUUAGACAAUUUGCCCAGCGGGCUGGCGUCGUCGCUGCUGCCUGACGCUGGCCACUUGGCCUCCACCACAUACCCGGAGCCGAACUCGGAGUACCUUCUGCCCCCGCUGAUCACCGUGGACAGACCGCAGGAGCUGGCGAAACGGGAGUAUCCCCAGUAUAACCAGAAGAUGCUGCGUCUGACAACACGCCUCACGACAAUUCUGAGCGCUAAUAGCUCGGACGUGGAAGGAGGCAGCAGCUACAAUAGAGAGAGCCGCUUUGCCAGGCAGAAGAGGUUCCGAAACUCGUGGAAGGGCACCUUCAUCAAGUACAAGAAUAGGCUCCUAGGACGGUCCCAGUUGGGGGCUACUGAGGCUGGGAGGAUCAUCCCGCUCUGUAUGCGACAGGAAAAGGCCAACUCCAUCUUUGGCGACGAGUACUACUCAAAAACCCACCGCUCUUUUAUUGAUGAGCGCUCGGGCGAGCCCUAUAUCUCCAACACCAUCACGUCUUCCAAGUAUAACAUCUACACAUUCCUUCCGAAACAGCUACGUGCUCAGUUCUCCAAGCUAGCCAACUGCUACUUUAUGGUGGUAGCCAUCAUGCAGAUGAUCCCAACGUGGUCUACCACGGGUCAGUUCACCACCAUCAUUCCCCUCAUGAUUUUCAUGUCCAUUUCUAUAGCUCGUGAAGGCUUUGAUGACUGGAAGCGUCACACUCACGACAAAGAAGAAAAUUCAAAAGUUGCUCACGUUGUGCGUGAAGAUGCAGACUUGGCCCAGUUUGAUACCCACUCAAUACAUACCAUCAUGACAGAAACCAUUCCCGUGGGGAACAAUGGGCCCGAAGAUCGUUCUCACAACUCGUCCAAUGGGUCUUUGGUGGAUGGAACCAUGAACAUCUUCUCAAAUUCGCUAGCCAUGACUCGCUACAACUUGCGUCUGGACGCCACAGCUUGGAAAGAUAUCAAGGUUGGGGAUAUCCUACAAAUCAACGAGAACGACUGGAUCCCUGCUGAUGUGCUUCUAUUGUCUGUUGAUAAUGACGAGACCGAGGCGUUUGUCGAAACCAUGGCUCUUGAUGGUGAGACAAACCUCAAAUCAAAGUUCGCACACCCCGAACUUCUGAAACUCACGCAUAAACCAAGCGAUUUGAAAAAUGUCCACUGUUUGGUCACCACAGAAGACCCCAAUCCAGACUUGUACAAUUUUGAGGGUCAUUUCUCUCUGAAUGGCUCCAACUACGCCCUUGGCCUCGACAAUGUACUUUAUAGAGGUAGCAUUUUGCGGAACACCAGGUCGGUACUAGGACUUGUUGUUUUCACGGGUGAAGAAACAAAGAUUCGCAUGAACAACCUAAAAAAUCCUCGAACAAAAGCGCCAAAACUUCAGCGCAACAUUAACUUCAUUGUAUUAUUUAUGAUUUUCGUUGUCAUUACUUUGUCGGCGAUGUCGACAAUGGCACAGCGUCUUUACCUUAAAAAUGAUCUUCACAAAGCAUGGUAUUUAUUCGAUCAGGAUGUUGGUGUUGCAGCAACACUUAUGGGAUUCAUCAUCAUGUAUAACACAUUGAUACCGCUCUCCCUUUACGUGACAAUGGAGAUCAUUAAAGUGAUGCAACUUUUGUUUUUGCAGUACGACAUUGACAUGUACGAUGUCAAAUCGAAUACCCCGGCAGAUGCGAAGACAGCAACAAUUCUUGAAGAGUUGGGUCAGGUCUCUUAUGUUUUCUCAGAUAAAACAGGAACCCUUACUGACAACGAAAUGCUUCUAAGAAAGUUCAGCGUGUGUGGUGCUAACUGGAUUCAUGAUAGCGAUCAAUUGGAUCAAGACAAGGAAGACUCGGACUUUGGCUACCGUCAUAUGGCAAAAGUUGAUGCAAUUCGCCCCCUGCAGCAAAACAAAGCUCAAGUACAAAGCAGAAAGAGUACAACUUCUGUUGUGAGACAAAGCAUGGAUGUCAAAUCUAUUAACUCGACUACUACUUGGAGAUCUACAGCUCAGCCUGAAAAAGAGCAGAACUUGGCAAGUUCAUUGUAUCUCUUGAAGUACAUUCAGAGCCAUCCGCUGACAAUCUUCUCCAGAAAAGCUACAUUUUUUCUUUUGAGUAUUGCCCUUUGUCAUACAUGUCAACCCAGACAGACGAAUAAAGGUGGUAACAGCUCAACUUACACACUCGCUGACAACAGCGAAGAGGAGGAAGUCAACAAUCUUGAGGAAGAUGCAGGCAUCACCUACCAAGCGGCUUCGCCUGAUGAGCUCGCCCUAGCAGAAGCUGCCAGAGAUCUCGGCUUUGUAAUUGCGGAUAAGCAGAACAGUGUCAUCACCAUAAAAACUUAUCCUCAGGGUUUUGAUGCACAUCCAAGAACCGACCAAUAUGAGAUACUAGAUGUUGUCGAGUUCAAUUCAGUCAGAAAGAGGAUGUCCGUUGUCGUCAGGUUCCCAGAUGGAAGAGUUGGUGUCAUUUGCAAGGGUGCUGAUAACAUCAUACUUGAAUUGUUGAAAAACGCUGACCUUGCCAAAAGAAAAGCAAGAGAGAUAUUUUUGUCGGCUGCUGAUAGGAAAACCCAAGAAGCUGAGAUCGUAUUACAAAACAAGGUUUCAGCGGAAUUGGAAAACAGGAAGUCGCUCUCAUCCUUAAGAGGUCUGAGCAUCGAUCCUGCGGAAAGAAUUGGAUCCAUUGAUAACAUCGUUUCCCGACAGGAGAGCGAUAUAAGUCAAAUUGCUACAAAAGCUAGGCAGUCUCUUCAUAUGCAACAAAACAAACGUUACAGUUUAGAUGAGCAUAACGAUGCCGAUACCACCCAAAAUUCGCAUGCCUUUAUACCAAAAGACAAGUUGCUUGUUAACGAGGAAUUCUUGAUUGAGAAGACAUUGGAACACAUUGACGAAUUCUCUACCGAAGGCUUGCGUACAUUGUUGUACUCAUUCAGGUGGCUCAGCAAUGCUGAGUAUGAAGAUUGGGCCGAAGAAUACCGUGAAGCUAAAAUUGCUCUUACUGACCGUGCUCAGAAAGUGCAAGAAGUAGGUGCUAAGAUAGAGCAUAGCUUUGAGCUUCUUGGUGCUACGGCUAUCGAAGAUAAAUUGCAAGACGGUGUGAGUGAGGCCAUAGACAAGAUUCGCCGUGCAGGGAUCAAGAUGUGGAUGCUCACAGGAGACAAGAGAGAAACAGCCAUCAAUAUUGGCUACUCUUGCAGACUCAUCAAAGAUUAUUCCACAGUUGUUAUCUUGUCAAGUGAUGAAGGCACAGAGAAGUUAACACAAAGAAUCAACACUGCUAGUCUGGAGAUAAAAGCCGGUCGUAUCGCCCAUUCUGUCGUUGUCGUCGACGGCGCCACAUUAAGUGACAUCGAAAGUGACCCUACUUUAUUUUCCAUUUUUAUUGAACUUUGCAUUCAAACUGACUCUGCGAUUUGCUGCAGAGCUUCGCCAUCCCAGAAAGCAAGUAUGAUCAAUUCAGUUCGAUCAUUGAGCAAACGGGACGUGACACUUGCCAUUGGCGAUGGUGCCAAUGACAUUGCCAUGAUCCAAAGUGCCGACAUUGGUGUUGGUAUCACUGGUAAAGAAGGUCUCCAAGCGGCUCGUUCGGCUGACUAUGCAAUUGCGCAAUUUCGCUUCUUGCUCAAAUUAUUGCUUGUCAACGGUCGUUACAAUUAUAUCAGAACGUCCAAGUUUGUGCUCACCACGUUUUAUAAAGAGCUUCUAUUCUACUUGACACAAUGUGUCUAUCAGAGAUACACAAUGUUUACAGGUACAUCUAUGUAUGAGAAAUGGUCUUUGUCGAUGUUCAACACCCUUUUCACGUCCUUGCCUGUCCUUUGUGUUGGAAUGUUUGACAAAGAUUUAGAGCCCUCAACACUUUUAGCUGUUCCCGAGCUUUACAGCACAGGACGGCUUUAUAAAGCAUUCAACCUAAAGAUCUUCAUUUUGUGGAUGGUGUUGGCUACAUUGCAGAGCGUGGGGGUUUCUUUCAUUGCUUAUUUUGCAUGGGGAUUCACAGCCACAAGAGACAAUACCUCAUUGCCGUUGGGAACAUUGGUCUUUUGGACCCUUGUCAUCGUCAUAAAUGCCAAAUCGCAGUUUUUUGAACAGCGUAAUAAGCAGUGGUUGGCAUUUGCAUCUUUUAUUAUCUCAGUGGGUGGUUAUGGGCUUUGGAACGUGUUGAUCAUGUUCCUUCAUAGGAGCAAUCAGCCAACCAUUUACUUUGCUGAUUAUGGUUUGAUGGAGUUUGGAGAAGACGUCUCAUGGUGGGCGGCUUUGUUGAUUCUAUUCACCUGCUUGCUUUUCUUCGACUUCAUUCUCAAGUUGUUGAAGAUCAUGUUUUCACCAAGCGAUGUCGAGCUCUUCCAGAUAUACGAGAAGGACCUUGAGCUCAGAAGAAUGUUCGAAGAACGAUCGUUCAAAGAAUUAAAGCAGGGCUGGUUACUUCCCAGGGAACCCUCAACAACAAGAAUUCGCAUCAAGCAACUCUUGAACAAACUCUUUGGAUCAUUCUCUGAAAGCUUCAAAACUGACAUUGCCGUGGACGAAACUCCAGGUUCUGCUGCUCAAAGAAAACGUGCCGGGACCAACCCCCUUGAGUCUGAACUCCCACCAAGCGGUGAAGGUAUUGGAUACACAGGUGAUUACGAACCACGCUACAACGAUGACGACGACAGUGAUUACGUUGUCCUACCAAGUGGUGCUCGUGUGAGGAAGAAAAAGCCAGGCGUUUUAUCGCAGUUCGCCAACAAGUUCAAAAGGAACAAAUCAUCCGACGAAGAUGAGGAUGUUGACGAUAUCAUUGAUAACAGAUUGAGAGAACUUCGUGAAUCAUAG